CCCGGACGCCACCACCCUUGCGGCCUUGCCUUGUGCCACUCCCUAGUAGCCACGGGCCAGUUGCACUCUCCACGCACAAACAUGGGAAACACCGCGCCGCGCAUGUGCCAGUGCCGCGAGGCCGGCGCCACGGCCGCCGCGGCCGGGGAGAGGCGCGUCAAGAACGUCGUGGCCGAGGCGGCGGCUCCUGCCGCGCCGAGGCGUGUGGCCGUCGCGGCGCGCAAGCAGCGGGACGGCGACGAGGAGGGCACGCUGGCGGGACGUCGUCGUGGAGGGGUUUCGCGGGCGGGUGGCGGCGACGACGGCGCGGUGGUGAGGGUGAAGAUCGUGAUGAAGAGGAAGGACGCGGAGGCGCUGGUGGCGAGGCUGAACGCGCAGGGCGCGAGGGAGCGCGAGGCCAGGAUGGCCGAGCUGAAGGGCGAGCUCAGGGCCGGGGACGGCGGCGGCGGGGCGAGCCCGGCUUCGUGCCGGGACGCGUGGAGGCCCGGGCUCGCGUCGAUACAGGAGAACUAGUUUCAGUGCACACCAUUGGUGUGACACCACUAGUUUGAGUGACGAAGAUUGCUUAGAAGUAAUUAACUUGUAAGCUAGAGUCCAAGGCUGUGGUUUGUGUUAAGAACAAUCGAAUAGUAGAGAGUGGAGAGAGAAUUUAGAGUGAAUUCAGUGAUUUCAUUCAUGAA